AUGACUUAUGGUGGUCCUGGCUGGGGCCCCCUCGUCGGCUGGCGCCUCGUUCACUUUGCUGCCCAGAGGUCAGCACCGGCCACCACCGGCCACCACUGGCCACCACUGGCCGGCAACGGCGCCAACGAUGGCGCGCAUGUGUUCACGCAGCCCCAGUCCGUUCCUGGGCCUCUCGCGCCGCGGGUGGUGUUGGUGGCGGCGGCGGCCACACGCCUCGGCAGACGGUGA